UCCUGCCAUGCUGCAUCUCUCAAGUACCUGAGCAAAACAAUGAGGAAAUGCUUGAGGCAUUUAUGUCUGAAUAGCCUGUCGAGCUGGGUUUUUGGAGUUCUUACAAACUGAAAAUGGAGUCAAUAUCUGUGGAAGAGCUUUCUUGUCCCGUGUGCUGUGAGAUCUUCAGAUCUCCUGUGUUUCUGUCAUGCAGUCACAGCGUCUGUAAAGACUGUCUUCAACAGUUCUGGAGAACCAAGAGAACUCAGGAGUGUCCGGUCUGCAGGAGAAGAUCCUCAAAAUCGGAUCCUCCUGGAAAUCUUGUGUUAAAGAACCUGUGCGAGUCCUUCUUGAACGUUGAGGAGGUUUGUGAUUUGCAUGGUGAGAAACUCAAACUCUUCUGUGUGGAGGACAGAGAGUCUGUGUGUUUAGUGUGCAGAGAUUCAGAAAAACACACUCAUCACAAAUUCAGGACAAUCAGUGAAGUUCUUCCAUCUUACAAGGAGGAACUCACUAUCAAGCUGAAGUCCUUACAAGAAAAGCUCAAACACACAGAGGAAGUCAAAGGAGAGUGUGAGGAAGCAGUUCAACACAUCCAGACUCAAGCUCAGCACACAGAGUGUCGAAUGAAUGAGGAGUUCAAGAAGCUUCAUCAGUUCCUCAUUGAUGAAAAAGAGGCAAUAGUCACUGCACUGUGGGAGGAAGAGGAGCAGAAGAUUCAGAUGAUGAAGCGGAAGCUGGAGGAGAUGAACACACAGAUCUCGGCUCUUUCAGACACGAUUAAAGACAUCGAGGAGCAAAUGAAAGCCAAAGAUCCUGCGUUUCUAAAUAACUUCGAAGCCACAAUGGAAAGAGCCCGGAGCCCACAGCAGGAGCCACACAUGAGUCCUGGAGCUUUGAUUAAUGUGGCAAAUCACUUGGGCAACCUGACAUUUGGAGUCUGGCUGAAGAUGCGAUAUAUUGUCCAAAAAGCUCCUGUGAUUCUGGACCCCAACACUGCACAUCCUGAACUCAACCUGUCUGAUGAUCUGACCGGUCUGACAUGGAGCACAGACACUCAAGCCGUUCCCGCGAAUCCAGAGAGGUUUGACGUCUAUCCAUGUGUUCUGGGCUCUGAAGGCUUUAUGUCAGGAACACAUUGCUGGGAUGUGGAGGUUGGCGACAAUACGCACUGGACUCUUGGAAUAACCACAGCAUCCAACCCCAGGAAGGGAUUCACGUUCUUUGGCAAAGAUGUUUGGUGCAUGUGGUACAAAAAUAAAGAAUAUUUCUCUUAUUACCAGGAGCAAGCCUACACUCCUAUUAGUGUUAAAGAGAAGCUGCAGAGGGUGAGAGUUCUGCUCGACUGGGAUCGAGGAAAAGUGUCAUUUUCUGAUCCUGUAACCGACACUCAGCUGUGCUCAUUCACGACAACCUUUACACAGAGACUCUUUCCCUUCUUCUCUAGUGUUUGUGUCACUUCUAGUUUGAGGAUCCGACCGGUUAAAAUAUUUGUGACAGACAAGCACAGUUAGAUGUGAUUCUGUAUAUUUCAUGUUGGAAAUCAUGUGCUUAAUAAAUACUUUUUCAUUGCA